UGAUUGGACGUCCAGUGCUUAUCUUUAUAACCCUCCCCAGCAGACAUGCGAGUUGCGUGUCUGUGGCUGUCCCUAACCUAUUUGGUCACCAACCUCGACGGGUUGGGGGCACGGGAAUACAACAACUCAGCCAUUUUUGGCGGGGGUUUAUUUGUGGAUGCAGAAGGGCUGCUGAACCUGUCAGCUCCGUAUACGCCCAACCGGACAAAUGUCUUCUCGCUUGACCUGGACGACGGCACGCUCGCGGACUGGCGCUCCAUGGCAGUUAAGAAUUGCUACGGUGGAGAGUCCCAUAACCGGACCGUGAAAUCCCUACUGGUCCUGGCUUACUCGUUCAUCAUUGUCAUCUCGCUGUUCGGAAACACGCUGGUGUGCCAUGUGGUGAUCAAGAACAAGCGGAUGCACUCCGCCACGAGUCUGUUCAUCAUUAACCUCGCAGUGGCAGACAUUCUUAUAACGCUGCUCAACAUGCCCUUUACAUUGGUCCGUUUUGUGAAUAGCAGCUGGUGGUUCGGGAAGGGAAUGUGCCACAUCAGCCGGUUCGUCCAGUAUUGCUCCCUGCACGUAUCCACACUCACGCUCACGGCAAUCGCGCUGGACAGACGCCAGGUCAUUCUCCACCCUCUGAGGCCCCGCAUGUCCCCGGCUCGCGGUGUUGUGUGUGUGAUUCUUAUCUGGGUCAUGGCCAGCUGCUUCUCCUUGCCUCAUGCCAUCUACCAGGAGCUCCUAACCUUCGUGUACAGUAAGGAGAAGGUGCGCAGCCUUUGUGUCCCCGACUUCCCCGAGCCCUCUGACGUCUAUUGGCAGUGCAUUGACCUCCUCACCUUCAUCCUCCUCUACGUCCUACCCCUCCUCAUCAUCACCGCCGCCUACUCAACCGUGGCACGCCGCCUGUGGCGCCGUAACGCUAUCGGGGACACCACCACUGCGCAGUUCGCUGUGCAGCGGCGGAAGCGGCGGCGCACUCUGGCUAUGUUGUUGGUGGUUGUUGGGGUGUUCGCGGUAUGCUGGUUCCCUCUGAACUGCUACGUGGUGCUUCUCUCCAGCCAGGCCAUUCAGUCAUCCAAUGCCUUGUAUUUCUGUUUUCAUUGGCUGGCGAUGAGCUCGACGUGUUACAAUCCCUUCAUCUACUGUUGUCUGAAUCCCGCCUUCCGCCAGGAGCUAAGGCUGCUAUUGGGCAUGUGCCGGAAGAGGGGGCGUGGAGGGGUGGGGCCGGUGCUGGUGGCUCCACCCUCCUGCGCACUCUGCCACAGAGCCGCCUGGCCGGAGAGCCGCACCUGUUCUCGGCCUCUUCACGCCUCUUCACACCCGAGCCGUGCCUCCUCUCGGCCAAGCCACUCCUCGUCCUCUCACCAGCUUCCUAAAGACAGGCAUGUCCUUUUCUCUGCUAGACAUGCCAAUAAAACAGACAUCCUAUCAGUGGAGCCUAUAGUAGCUGUCAGUUAACUACAACUACCAGAAUGCACUUGGGUUGGGAUUGUGUGAAUGAUUGAGUUUAUUUGACAACUAAAGACAUGUAAAGUUGCUGCAUUUGGUGGUGAGUCCUGUUGAAGGACUACGUUAUUAGCUAAAGACAGUUGGGGUUCUAGAACAGGAAAUGUAUUAUCUUUUAACUUUCAUGACAGCGCCACCUUCGGGAAGAAAGGUUUCACAUUGAUGGGAACAGGGUGUGGUGAGGUCUGGCAACAAAUGCAACACCCAAACGAACAACUACUCUGUUAGCACAUAUUGUGUACACUGUGUAC